UGGAAGUACUGGACGAACACAGACUCGGCCAAACACGUACUCGACCAGACACUAACUGGGUCAGGCAUUGAAUAGCCCACACCGUGAGACCAGUACACAUUACACAUUAAAAGCGCAUGACCCGGCAGGAGUGAGAAACAACCAGCCACUUCUGUCACCAGAGAGUUACCUCCCAUCUUAUACCAUGAAGGCAGGAGGGGGAAACAACGUUCUGUUGUUGUCUUUGUUUCUUGUGUCGUCCACGUAUGGGCUGGCGUUUGUAAACCCGCACAGAUUCGGAUACAUCAGUGGACCAAAUGUCUGUGGACCCGCCAGGAAGCGAUGCUGCGACGGUUGGAAGAUGACCUUGAUGCGCACGUGCACCAUACCCGUGUGCAGCUUUGGAUGCGGAGAGAGCGGCACCUGUGUGCACCCCAACUUGUGCAAAUGUGCAGACGGCAGGCUGAGUCACACCUGUGAGGUCGCAGCUGCCAAGAAAGAUCCAGAAAAUCAGUUUCUUAGAGGUACCUGUGACAGUGUGCUUGACACCUGUGAGCACACCUGCAUAAACAUGCCUGACGCUACCCACAAGUGCACCUGCAAGUCAGGCUACAAACUGCUGGAGAACCUACGCUCAUGUGACCCACUACACCCUAAGCUGCAGGAUUUAAAAACUCACCCAGACGGCUGGGUCCAACCAGGCAUUGGAGAUUCUGUCUCUCAGAAUUUUGACCUAAAGACAUUUCCUAAAGAAUUACAGAAGGUCUACAGUGUGGAGAAGCCAGUUUCAUAUCCAGACGGAGCUAGGAAAGAAACCGAGAAGUUUUCUGACAAACAAAAGAUUGACAAACAUGAGGGAAAAUUAGAGGAGACUCGUACAGAGUUUGGGGAAGUCAAGACAAAAAUAGAACCUGUGCAAGAUCUCAAAACUAAAGACGUCAAACCAAAACUCCCUGACCAACUUUCAGCUGUAAAAACUGAAACAUUACCCCCUACCACCAAACAAACAAUUAAAUACCCUAAAUACAAUCUAUGGCGUGACCCCAUGAUGUUAAGAAAGGAAAUUAUGGACCAAGACAAAUACAAUGGUAAGGGACUUCAGUUCGCCACAAUAGUCCAACCUCUUAGGGAGAAAAUAGUCGUAGAGAAAAUCAAGUACUUCAAUUCUAAGCCAGGUGAAGGUGAAAAAGAUGAAACUGCGCUUAUUGACAAGAAAGAUAAUCAAAAACCUGUUUUUGCCAAGAAAUAUGAACAAAAACCUGCUUUUGACAAGAAAGAUGAAGAAAAACCUGUUUUUGACAAGAAAUAUGAACAAAAACCAGUUUUCGAUAAAAACGAAUUCCUGAAGAAGCUGGCGACACAGCACAAGACACCAUUCCCCAGCCUAGAUCAUCACAUGAUGCACCUGUACAUCGAAAUGCUGAAAGUCUCCAAGUCUGGCACAUACGAUCCUACUGACCUACUCAAGGCGUUCGCCGAGAUGAGGGAAGAAAUUCUCAAGCAAAGAACUCCCCCACCAACGACCACCGCCUCAACUACCACUACCACAUCUACCACCCCAACCACCACAACCUCCUCAACCUCCACAACUAAAACCGAGAUAGCUAAGAAAAAGGAAGAUUCAUCCAUUCCUGUCCGCCUUGUAGGGAAUCCGUACGCACAUUUGAGAAGGAAAGGCGGUCGGAGAUUUGGUGCCGGGUAGACUAUCAUUGGCUUUAAGCUUCACUCAGUGCUGUCGCUAGCGCCUAAAUACAAAAUCUUUUCUACUGUAAACUAAGCAAAGAUAACCACAACAAUUACACUUCUAGAAGAAAUUACACCCAAAGUACACCGACGUAACAAAUCAGACUUAAUUAAAACAAAACACCAAAGGUCUAUUGGUAAAUCACAUUCACCGCAACAUCAACUCUAUACAUAGCUGUAAAAUAUCAAGAACACCAUAUGUAUGCAACACCAACUCUAGACAUAGCAGUAACAUAUCAACAGCACCAUUCGUAAACAACACUAACGCACGCAUAUAAGCCUAGAUGUGAGCAUUAUUGUUUAAAUGCAUCCAGUACAAUCAACUACACCCAUCACACACGUAACUGCAUCCAACUCAGACACGGCUCUUUUUUAUUGAUAACUAUUCCUUCAGGACACUGAACUGAUGUAUUUAUGUUAUCUACUUUCAACUACUAACUACUUUAAAAGUUGUAUUCUAAAUCCAUGUACUACAACAUAUACAACUUUGAUCUAAAUUGAUCACACAAUAUUUUUAAAGCUUAAGCAGCAUGUAUUCUCAAACUAUAUCUUAUAUACUAACUGUACUGAAAUAUAAUAUGUAAAUACAUUGGUUUUUAUUUUUAAUGUCGUAAAAUUAAACUUUUAAGAAAGAUGCUGUUUUAUUUGUGUAUUGGUGAAGUAUUUCGUAUUUCAAUAGUGUAUGAAAGCAACAGACCUCCUAUCAUUAUAUGACCAAAACUAAUUUGCUUGUUAAUUUAAAAA